UGAGGUGCAACCAAAACAGCUGUUAGACAAAGAAACAGGGAGAUUCUUGCAGGCUGUCUGUCUAGCAUUAACUCUGAAUACUGUUGUAGUUUUGAUCACUAAAAUGGCUGUGACUUUUGGACUCUCUUUGAGUGUUUCUUGGAUUUGCUGCCUGCUAAUUGGAGGGAUAACUUGUUUAAGCCUUAAAGGUAACGCUAAUGGGCAUGCUGCCUACACUGGACCUGAACCAACUGGAAACUAUGCCCAAGCAAGUGUGGUGUCUGGGCCAGAUGCUAAAGCUACUGGCCACAAUGCCUUGUCAAGUGUGAAGUCCGGUCCAACUGCCAACCGCGCCUCAGCAGAAGCGUCCGGCCCCCUUGCCUCAGCAGAAGCGUCCGGCCCCCUUGCCUCAGCAGAAGCGUCCGGCCCCCUUGCCUCAGCAGAAGCGUCCGGCCCCCUUGCCUCAGCAGAAGCGUCCGGCCCCCUUGCCUCAGCAGAAGCGUCCGGCCCCCUUGCCUCAGCAGAAGCGUCCGGCCCCCUUGCCUCAGCAGAAGCGUCCGGCCCCCUUGCCUCAGCAGGUGCGUCCGGCCCCCUUGCCUCAGCAGGUGCGUCCAUCCCCCGCGCCUCAUCAGGUGCGUCCGGCCCCCGCGCCUCAUCAGGUGCGUCCGGCCCCCGCGCCUCAUCAGGUGCGUCCGGCCCCCGCGCCUCAUCAGGUGCGUCCGGCCCCCGCGCCUCAGCAGAAGCGGCCGGCCCCCGCGCCUCAGCAGAAGCGGCCGGCCCCCGCGCCUCAGCAGAAGCGGCCGGCCCCCGCGCCUCAGCAGAAGCGGCCGGCCCCCGCGCCUCAGCAGAAGCGGCCGGCCCCCGCGCCUCAGCAGAAGCGGCCGGCCUUGAACAGACGGCCCGACCCCUCAACAAGCUAGAUAGGGAGAUCAUAAUUUGGUUUGCCCAACUCCUUAAUCGUCUUUCCCCUGUUACUGUGCCUCCUUUUAAAGAAAAGGGCAAAGGUAACUGA